AUGCAUUUCCUUCCUCUAACCCUGGUCUCGCUUAUCUCAGCCGCCCUCGGAUCUCCCGCAGGCGGCAGCGAUGGGUUCGGCGAGGUAGCGGCUCGUGAUAUCCUAACAGGCCGUGCAGCUCCGGAAGAUCCGUCUGGCACUUACGCGCCAGCAACCGUUGACUGCCCGCAACAGCGACCGACUAUUCGCGGUGCAGGGUCCCUGUCGCAGUCGGAACAAGACUGGCUAAAAAACCGGCGAAGCAAGACUGUUGAUCCUCUGGUUCAAUUUCUGCGUAGAUCGAACUUGACUGAUUACGAUUAUGCCGGUUACAUCACUUCAAACUCACAGAACUUUUCUGUGGUGCCUAACAUCGCUAUCGCCGUGUCAGGUGGUGGUUACCGCGCUUUAAUGAACGGCGCCGGGUUCGUCGCUGCCGCAGAUAGUCGCGUUGCUGGUUCUACGGAUGCCGGAGGUAUCGGCGGUCUCCUGCAAAGCAGCACAUACCUAGCAGGAUUAUCCGGCGGUGGUUGGCUAGUCGGUUCCAUCUUCGCCAACAACUUCUCUACCGUCGUACAGCUCCGCGACGGCUACCAAGGCUCUGCCCUUUGGCAAUUUUCUAACUCCAUCUUCCAGGGUCCCAAAAGCAGGGGAAUCUCGAUCGUUAACACCGUUGAGUAUUGGGACGACAUCUUAGACCAGGUCGAUGAUAAGCGGAAUGCCGGAUACGAUGUUUCCAUUACUGACUACUGGGGCCGGGCUCUCUCCGUGCAGUUAAUCAACGCAACCGACGGCGGGCCCGCCUACACGUUCUCGUCAAUUGCUGAUGCCUCCAACUUCCAAAGUGCCGACACGCCGAUGCCAAUUCUGGUAGCAGACGAACGUAGACCGAACACUCAAGUCAUCUCGUUCAACUCAACCGUGUUUGAAUUCAACCCAUGGGAAUUUGGAUCAUAUGACCCGACCGUAUAUGGUUUCGCGCCCAUGCGAUAUGUCGGAUCCAAUUUCAGCGGCGGCAGCAUUCCUGAUAAUGGUCACUGCGUCGAAGGAUUUGACUCUUACAGUUACGUUAUGGGUACAAGCAGCUCUCUGUUCAACGCUUUCCUCCUGCAGAACCUCUCGUCCCCGGAUAUCCCCACGGUCGUGACCAACGCGCUCAAAGAUCUCCUCACUGACAUCGGUAACGACAACGACGAUAUCGCCGCCUGGAACCCGAACCCUUUCUUCGGGUACAACAACGACACCAAUGCCAGCGCCGAUGAUGAGCAGCUGACUCUCGUCGAUGGCGGCUUGGAUCUGCAGAACAUUCCGUUACAUCCCCUAAUUCAGCCGGCACGUGGUCUCGACGUCAUCUUUGCGAUUGAUUCAUCCGCCGACACGACCACAUAUUUCCCCAACGGCACAGCAUUGAGAGCCACCUACGACCGAAGCAAGACGGAUAUCGCUAACGGAACCGCCUUCCCUGCCGUGCCGGAUGCCGAGACCUUUAUCAACCUGGAGUUAAACAAGCGGCCGACUUUCUUCGGAUGUAACACGUCCGAGUUCGCCAACGCAAGCCACAUCCCGCCUCUGAUCGUAUAUGUUCCCAACGCGCCGUAUACAACUUCAAGCAACGUAUCCACGUUCGACCCAAGCUAUUCGGACGAGCAGCGCAACUCUAUCAUCAAGAACGGUUUCAACGUAGCCACGAUGGGUAACGGGACGGUGGACUCGGAGUGGACCGCUUGUGUGGCGUGCGCGGUGCUAAGCCGCAGUCUUGAACGUACUGGUACUACGGUCAGCGCUACGUGCCAGCGAUGCUUCAGCCGCUACUGCUGGAAUGGGACUACGGACAGCACACCGGUUAGCAGCUAUGAGCCGGCGCCGAUUUUGCAGUUCGAUGCCCAAAGCUUGGGUAUCAGCGCCCACGGAGGCGCGGCGAAGGGUCUGGUGUACGGAAUUGUCGGCAUCGUGGCUACGGUUUUGGCAUUCUAA